UCCUCCCUCCUGCAGUUCUCCUUGUCACCACACAUCGGAGGCAGAGUCAGCACACAGCCACCAGUGCUCACAUCGGCGCUGACUACCUGUGGAUAGAUAGAUAGAUAGUGUGUGUGCGGGAGAUAGAGAUACGGUAUAGAGCGAUGGUGCUGAGCCCAGCCCGGGGCUAUAGGAAGACCGUACACACCGUAUAGAAGUAUGACGGAGAGCUGCGGACUGGUAGUCAUGUGUAGAACCCGCUGAGUACACCGUGCACCAUGGCCAGGAACACCGCUCUCUAUUUCAGGCUGGUGGAGGGGAAGAACCUGCCCGCUAAGGAUGUGUCAGGCACCAGUGACCCAUACUGCAUAGUCAAGGUCGAUAAUGAAGUUGUGGCACGCACAGCCACUGUCUGGAAGGAUCUGAACCCAUUUUGGGGGGAAGAGUUCACUCUACACCUCCCACUUGGCUUCCACACACUCUCAUUCUAUGUGAUGGAUGAAGACACAAUUGGGCAUGAUGACGUUAUAGGCAAGAUAUCACUCACUAAGGAAUACAUUGCAUCACAACCAAGAGGUAUUGACAGUUGGAUUAACUUGAGCUGUGUAAAUCCUGAUGAAGAAGUCCAAGGAGAGAUCUACCUUGAGUUACAUAUAAUGCAAGAUCAACACAAAUGUAACCUGCACUGCCAUGUCUUAGAGGCCAGAGAUUUGGCGCCUCGGGAUAUCUCUGGAACAUCAGACCCCUUUGUACGUAUCUUCUGCAACAAUCAGACCUUGGAGACCUCGGUAAUUAAAAGAACGCGUUUUCCUCGCUGGAAUGAGGUCUUAGAAUUUGAUUUACGAGGAAUUGAAGAACUGGAUCCUGGGGAUCAAGUGAUCAGUAUUGAAGUUUGGGACUGGGAUAUGGUUGGAAAGAAUGAUUUUCUUGGACGUGUGUGCUUUCCCUUGGAGCCCCUUCACAGAAAUCCUGCGGUGACUGGCUGGUUUCGUCUCCUGCCUUUUGGAAACACGGAUGAGGAGAAUGGAGGGAAGCUUGGAUCACUGCGUGUCAAAAUCAGCCUGUCUGAGGAACGUAUCCUGCCCUCUGUGUAUUAUCAGAACCUCAUUCAGCUCCUGGUAGAGUCUGUUCAAUCACCUGACCAGGGUGACUGCAGUCUGCUGGCUAUACUAGAAGACAUGUGUUCUGCUGAGAGCCGACAAGAAGUGGCAGUUAAGCUGGUGAAAAUCUUUCUAGGACAGGGUCUGGCAGUAACCUUCCUUGACAGACUGAAUAUGCGAGAGGUGAAUCGAACUGGUGACCCAAAUACUCUUUUCCGGUCAAAUUCACUUGCUUCAAAAUCAAUGGAGCAGUAUAUGAAGAUAGUGGGUAUGCCAUACCUUCAUGAAGUACUACGACCCAUUGUUACCCGGAUCUUUGAGGAAAAGAAAUAUGUUGAACUGGAUCCCUGCAAGAUUGAUCUAAACCGUAGUAGGCGUAUCUCUUUUAAAGGUUCAGUUUCUGAGCAGCAGAUCCGUGAGAGCAGUGUGGAGUUUUUGAGGGGCUACUUGAGUGACAUUAUUGAUGCCAUUUUGGGCUCAGUAGAACAAUGCCCACCAGGUAUGCGUCUUUGCUUCAAGCAGUUACAUAAGCGUGUGGAGGAACGUUUUCUUGGGGCAGCAAGUCAGGAUGUGAAGUAUGCAGCCAUCAGUGGUUUCCUCUUCUUGCGUUUUUUUGCUCCCGCCAUCCUGACACCUAAACUGUUCCACUUACGAGAGCAUCACGCUGAUCCACGCACUGCACGCACUUUACUGCUGCUGGCUAAGGUAGUACAGAGUAUUGGUAAUCUUGGGCAGCAGCUGGGUCACGGAAAGGAACAGUGGAUGUCUCCUUUACAUCCUCUUAUUCAGCAGAGUGUGGGCCGCUUAAGAGAUUUCUUAGACAAACUCACAGACAUGGAGAGCGAUGUUGAGUGUGGACAGACAUCUCGCACUCUUUUUCAUCCAUCGGUCACUAUUAAAGAAGGUUUUUUACACAAGCGUAAAGCUGAAGCUGUAAAUCUGGUUACUCGUUUUACUUUCAAGAAGAGAUACUUUUGGCUCAGUAGCCAGACUCUAUCCUAUUCCAAAACACCAGAUUGGCAGGUGCGUUCUUCUAUACCAGUGCAUCGGAUUUGCGCUGUGGAGCGAGUGGAUGAGAAUGCAUUUCAGCAGCCAAAUAUGAUGCAAAUCAUAACCCAAGAUGCUGAGACACAAGGUUGCCACAUUAUGUAUAUACAGUGCAAGAAUGUUAAUGAACUGAAUCAGUGGCUUUCUGCCCUGCGUAAAGUCAGCCUGUGCAACCAGAAUUUGUUGCCAACAUAUCACCAAGGAGCCUAUCGUAAUUCACAUUGGACUUGCUGCCUGCAAUCUGACCGAACAGUUCGUGGGUGUAGUCGGACACAUUUAGCUGUGACAUUGGGCGACUGGAGUGAUCCUUUGGAUCCAGAUGCUGAGGCUCAGGUGUUAUAUUGCCAUCUUCUAUUGGUCAAGGACAUACUCAGGAAUAAGUACCUGGAUGGUGCAGAUGGUGUGGCCACAGGGAAAGCAGAAACAAGAGGUCCUACCGAGAAAGGAUUUGAAGGCCUCAUCGCUUCAUCUGCAGCAAGACGUUUGCUAACUAUCAUUGAGGACUUGCAAAGAGCACACCAGGUCUUUGAACGUAGGGAAAGGGAAGAGGCUCCUAAUCAUAGUAACUGUAUUUAAAACAGUAAUGAUGACAGAUGACAGAUACACAUCCAGACAUAUUCCAAUUCUUUUUAUUGCUGUACACAUAUGGCCAUUUUUCAGACUUUUGUAUUUUUCUUCCAAAGGUCAAAAAAUAAAUAAACCCAACAAAACUGUU